GAUUUCUUUGUACCAAAAGCUUUUUUUUUUAGAAGUGCCUUUUCUUUCAAGUCUCUCCGGCUCAGCCAAGAAAGCUACGAUACAAACGCAUAUAAGCAUUGCUAGCAACGUAUUGAGAUCUACAAGAUGUCGUCCGAGGCGCAACCCAGCAAUGCGGAAAUGAACACCUCACUCCCGAAUGAUCAAAAUCCGCAAAUAUCCGCCGGAGUUCCCGAUCAGCAAAUUCCACCGGAAGUCGCCGCCGAAAUAAUUAAAUUACAACAGAGCCGCCCUGAUGCAUCCACUUCUGCCGGGGCGACGACACAAAGCAACGUUGUCACGCUACUGGAGAUUUCUCCGGAAGAUUUGUUCGCUUUGCUGAAAGAACACAUGCCACCGGGAGCUGCCGCCGCAAUAAGGCCAUUACGACAAAGCCACCCUGUUCCAUCCACUUCUGCCGGGGCGACGACCCAAAGCAACGCUGACACGCCACUGGAGAUUUCUCUGGACGAUAUCAUCGCUUUGUUGGAACUACAAAUGCCACCGGGAGCUGCCGCCGCAAUAAGGAUAUUACAACAGAUCCGCCCUAUUCCAUCCACUUCUGCCGGGGCGACGACACAAAGCAACACUGUCAUGCCACUGGAGAUUUCUCAGGAUGAUUCGUCCGCUUUGCUGGGACACUUCAGGCUACCGUUGGCAAACGACCUCAAAAUCCGCAAAUAUCCUGUUGCAUCCACGUCUUCAGGGACACAAAGCAACAAUAUCGUGCCGCCGGAGGUUCCCUCCGCUUUGCAGGGACAAUCCAUGCCAUCGUUGCCAAACCACGAGUAUUUACAACUGUCGCAGGCAAUAAUCCGAGGCGACUUGCAAGGCGUGAGGGAUUACUUGGACGAUAAACCUGACGCGCUGACGGCGUGGAUAGACUGUAAAGAAACACCUCUGUUGAAAGCAUGUCUGUGCGGACAAGUCGAGAUCGUGAACGAGCUGUUGGGAAGAAUGACCCCUCAACAAUUGCUGAGUCGGCCUGGGCCUGGUCAUAAUCCCUUCACGCCCCUCACGGUCGUUGCUCGCAGCGGAAACAUGAAGAUCGCUGAGGCAUUGAUCGGGAAGAACCCCGAGCUGGCUAACUUCACGCAUAGUAAUUGGUCAGAUCUGCCGGUCGUCAGGGCAGCGAAUUCCGCACAAAAGGAAAUGACUCAUUAUCUUUAUGAUCGGACCUCGCCCGAAGUUUUGCUACCAAAUGGUGCGUGGGGGGGCAUGCAACUCUUAGUGGAUGCCAUCUGCUUUGGAUAUUUUGAUAUUGUCAGCCGCCUCCUCGAUGUACUGCAGCCCCAAGCUGUGGUUACAAAACACCCAAAAGUAGCUUUGAUUCCCAUUUCCGUUUUGGCUUCAUGUUCUAGUUUCUUUCGAAGCAGCAGCAAUCUGUCCUCAUGUCAACGCCUGAUCUACUCAAUGAUACAAGUAAAUCAGGCGGCACCAAAUGGUCUAACCGCGAAGAUACUUCAAUGUUUGUCCGAGCGGAAAUGGUUUGGAAUCAAUAGAAUGUAUGAACUGAAGUUGCUGCACAACACAGCUUAUAACAUUCUACAAGUGAUGUGUGACAAAACUUCACAACUGCCCAAGUACGGGGAUUGGACGACUGCAAUACUGAAAGCACUCGUUAACGCGGUUAGCUUUGGGAACCGGGAAUUCGUGAUCGAGAUCAUCAGACACAACCCGGAGCUCAUGUGGUUUGGUCCUGAUGGGAGGGAUAUCUUCAUGAUGGCUGUGGGGUCCCGAGAAGAGAGGAUCUUCGAGCUGUUCUUCGGCUUAGAUGAUAGGAAACACGAUUUGAUUAAUCGUUGGGACGACCAAAACAACAGGAUUCUUCAUAUCGCCGGAGGUCUCUCCCCGCCCGAAAAACUCUCCCGGGUAGCUGGUGCAGCUCUCCAGAUGCAACGAGAGAUCCAAUGGUUUAAGGAAAUAGAGAGCAUCGUUCCAGAAAAGGAUAGAUGGAAGGUUAACGAUGAAAAACCUACCGGGCUUACGGGACGUCAAGUAUUCGAAAGAGAUCACAAAGAGCUGCGAGCGCAAGCCGAGAAAUGGAUGAAAGACACUGCAACCGCGUGCAGCCUAGUGGCCGGUCUCAUUGCAACGAUCACAUUUCAAGCAGUUUUCACCUCUCCCGGAGGCACCAAUGGCGACGACGGCGUCCCGUUUCACAUCAGAUACGACCGUUUCAUCGCGUUCGUGAUCGCCGAUGUUCUGUCCUUCUUCAGCGCCUCCACCUCGCUCGUCGUGUUCCUCGUCAUCCUCACUUCGAGAUUCUCUUCCGACGACUUCCACAAGUCGCUCCCGACAAAGAUGAUACUGGGUCUCCUCACCUUGUUCAUCUCCAUCGCGACCAUGCUGGCGGCUUUCUCGGCUGCCCUUUUAACGAUCGUCAGCAAAGCUCCGUCGAUCGUCGUCCCGGUGAUGCCGUUGGUCGGCGUCCCUGCCUUGCUCUUCAUGCUGAUGCAGUACCCUCUCCUUAAGGAGAUGGUUUCUUCCACCUUUGGGAAAGGGCUUUUCAACCGCGACACCAAACCGUGGUUCUGAUAAACCUAUGUUCUUGUCCUUUUUAUUCCAUCGUCUUUCACUUCCAUUUCCCAUUUUGUGUGU